CCAUAUGACACCUGCGUCCUCCAGCGCAGAGCCGCACACCUGAAGCCCUUCCCGUUUUCCUAGAAGACGCUAGUGACUUUGAGAAAUUUCAGCGCCGGGGUGCCGUCUUGCCACAGCCGCAGAGCCAUGAGAAAGGCUCCCGGAGAUCGGACUUGCGAGGUUUACUGUGUGUCGGGCUGCGGGCGCUGCCUCCCCGCCCGUCUACCUGCACAGAUUGCUGUGACAGAGCCCCCUUCAUCUUCAAGCCCCCCCGUGUGCACCCAGGCAAAUCACAGCAGCCACAAAGGAGGCUGUCCCCCCCCCAGCUCUGCUUGGCGGAGGUGGAGUGUGGGGGCAAUACCCCUCCUCCCCCUCACAGCUGCUGUCACACUGACCGUCUACUUCUUUGUGUCGCGCACCCCUACUGUGCUCUACCUGGGCGGGAGCUGGGAGAUGGCCAACCUCAGCUUCUCGCCUCACUUGAUGGAUGCAUCUUCACCGCAGUUCCGGCAGCAGGCUCUGGCACUGGGACGUUAUCUCUCAGGGCUGUACAGCACCUCUCCCUGGGGCUCCUAUUACAUGCACUCAGAGAUUACAGCCUUCAGCGAAGGGGUGGAUGGCCUGCGUUUCUUUUACUGGGCCAAGUUCAGUGCUCCAGCUGCUGUCGCUCCGGGGAUCCUCAGCGCCGCAUUAGGGCGUCUGCAGCGGGCAGGUGCCAAUGACCAGAACCCACUACUUAGCAACAACGGGGAGCUGUAUUCUCUGGGGCUGGAUGAGGACACACUGCAUCUGCUGGGCCUGGACUCUGACCUAGAGGAUAAAGCAGAAAAGAUUAAAAAUCCUGCUUCUCUGCAGAACAUCAAGUGGCAGGUGGGAUUCCAAGUGAUGUCCUUUGAUCUUUAUGCCAAAUAUGGAUACAACCGCACGCUGAGCCUGGUGAGCCCCAAGAAGCCGUAUUACCAGUGGCGGCUGCGUGUGCCCUCAGGUCACGUGGUGCGCCUCGUCAUCCUCACGCUGCACGGGGCCACGCCCGGAAGCUGUUCCGCUCACAAGCUCUCCGCAUAUGACUUCCUUUUGCCUCUGCAGAACAAGAUCAUUGCCAGAUGGUGUGGCCUCCCGGUUACUGGAUCCUCUCCUAUCAUGAAACUCACGUCCUCAGGAAAUGUCAUGCUAGUGACCUUCUCAUUCAACAGACAAAAGGAUGGAGCCAUUUUUAAAGCCUACUUCCAGGCUGUGCCAAAGAUAGGCUGUGGUGGCUCCCUGACUGCAUGGAACGGGACACUGGUGUCCCCCUACUACCCCAGCCACUACGCUCCCAACAUGGACUGCAGCUGGACCUUACGGACUCCGUUGCCUGGUUACUUGCUGUCUGUGACUAUUGUGAUGCUGGAUAUUCAGGAUUCACCCUCUUCUGAUGGCUGUGAGAAAGACUGGUUGGACAUUAACGGCAUAAAGCUGUGUAACCCCAUCACUGAUGGCAGCCGAAAAAGGAUCUAUUCCUCCCCUGUGAUGCUGCACUUCCACUCUGAUGAGUCGCAGACAUACAGAGGCUUCUACAUUCUGUACCGGGCCUUCAGUCAGGAGAGCUCUUGCCCUCGCCAGUUCCGCUGUGGAGGUGGACAGUGUGUCCCCCUGCGCAAGGUGUGCGACGGGGUUAAGGAUUGUCCCGACGGCCGCGAUGAAAGUAAAUGCUCUUGCAGGCCUGGGGAAGUGCAUUGUGGGAAUGGUCAGUGCAAGCCACACAGCAGUCAGUGCAGCAUGCAGAGCAGCUGUGGAGACAGCAGUGAGGAAGCUGGCUGUGCAGGGAAAUGUCACCACAUGUGUUCUAACAAGGUGUGCCUGGCCAAGUCUUCAGUGUGUGACGGUAUUGUUGACUGCAAAGACCGCAGUGAUGAAGUUAAUUGUACCAAAAACUUCAACAAAGGCUGUUCCCCGACUUCCUACACAUGUGGUAAUGGCAAGUGUGUGAGUAAGACCAACCCUGAGUGUGAUGGCAUCAAGGACUGUCCGGACGGCUCAGACGAAAUGCGUUGUGGUUGUGGAACAAGGCCAAAGAAGAAAACUAAGAUAGUUGGUGGCGCCAGUGCCCAGAUGGGAGCAUGGCCCUGGCAGGUGAGCCUGCAGAUGGAGCGCUAUGGGCAUGUGUGCGGAGCAUCACUGGUAUCGAGCCGCUGGCUGCUCUCUGCAGCUCACUGCUUCCAGGAUUCUGAAACCAUCAAGUACUCAGAUGCGCGUGCCUGGAGGGCCAUCAUGGGCAUGCGUGGCAUAAACAUGGUGAGCUCUGCCACGACCAUGAGGCCCAUCCGCCGCAUAGUCCUCCACGCACUGUAUGACCAGUUCACGUCAGAUUACGACAUCGCACUGCUGGAGCUGGCCACCCCCGUUGUCUUCAGUGAGAUGGUUCAGCCAGUGUGUGUGCCAGCCUCCACACACGCUUUCGGCUCUGGAACUAGCUGCUUCGUCACAGGAUGGGGGGUGCUCACAGAGGAUGGUGAACUGGCUACUUUGCUGCAGGAGGCUCCAGUAAAGAUCAUCAGCCACAACACCUGCAACAAGCUCUAUGAUGAUGCGGUCACUCCCAGAAUGCUUUGUGCUGGGAACCUUCAGGGUGGCGUGGAUGCUUGCCAGGGGGACUCAGGCGGGCCUCUGGUCUGCAUGGAAAAGACCCGACGCUGGUUUCUGGCGGGAAUUGUGAGCUGGGGCGAAGGCUGCGCCAGACAGAACCGGCCGGGAGUCUAUACACAAGUCAUCAAGUUCUCUGAGUGGAUCCAGCAGCAGACCAAAGGCCAGGUGUGAGGAGGGGGCAUGGACCAUGCUCUGCCAGCAUGCCUGUGGCAGCUGCUGGACUCCCCAGGGACAGUGAGGGGCCCCAGGGGCCUGGGGGCUUGUCAGAGCACCAUUCCUGGCAUCACGACACAUAUAUGAUAUAGAUAGUUUGCACUCACAGCAGUGAUACUCAGCUUGAACUUGUCUGAAGGUUGUGGGAUUUUCUUUUGUUCCGAUCACAACCUGCCGGAUUCCUCUUUAGUCACACGACUGUGCCUCUCCUUUGAUUGCCGGCAGGCAGUCACCUUCCCGUUCCAUCGGGGGGGUGAGGGCCGCUGCUGGGUGCCCCCUGCUCUGGUCCCAUGACACUGAGUCACUCCGAAAAUCCUGUCAAAGUUCAGACUGACUUUGAACACGUGCAACCUUGAGAGACGCAUUUGGCUGUGUCACAUUGAGCCAUUUCCUCCAGUCAGUGCUUUGGGUCCUGGAGCUGAUGAUCUUCAUGUGUGCUCUGCAAUCCACCAGGAAUCCACCCUCCAUUUCCAUUCUCUGUGACCUUUAAUGUGCCUUGAGGGUGUCCAUGUCUCCGCCUCUCCUGCUGUGACUCUGUCAUCCUCCUUCUGAUACUUAUUGUUGAGGAGUUCAGUCAGUAAAAUACUGUGUUUCAUGGCAAAUGAGGACCAUAUGGCUUCUGUUUUGCAUUCAUAUUUAUCAUUUUCUCAGACUUCUAAACGAAACCAGUUUAAACUGCUUAAAUACAUAAUAAGUGAAAGGACUGUAGAUUGGGCACACAAGCACUGAACCUCCCAGGGCUUCAUGUUUUAAGGUCAGUUUUAUUACUUUAUAACAAACUCUCUUUAGUAUGGUGAAGAAAACAAGUGAAUAUUAAAUAAACGGUCUUCAGGGCUGCUCUGUGGUCCGUGUGUUACAAACGGACUGGCAGCCUGACCAGUGCUACCACUGGGCGGUUAUAUAUUUUCAGAGACAUGAGUGUAAACACAAAGAACCUUUUGAGGAUGAGAAACAUAAAUACACCCACUGAAACCAACAGCUCUCGGUUACCUCCAGACACUGAUCCGUGCGCCCAAGCUGCUAUGGAUUAAAGCAACCGCACUGGGUGUCAUUGGCGUAAUGGCAUUUUUAAACAGAUGUAGCCCCCUUUUUACCACAAGGUGGAGACAUGAUCCCUGCACUGAGUAAUUUUAGUCUGGCGUCUCAGAACCAGGUUCACGGCUUCUGUGUAAUUUUGUCCUUCAUAGUGUAUAGCAGAGCAGCACUUUCUUCAUUCCCAUGAAUUCUGACUGAAAUCAAAUCACAGAAGGCGCAGCUUUAAAAGUUUUUAUUAUGUGCACCUUGUAUAAUGAAAUUAGAUUCUUGUGUUUUGCCACACAAAAUGGAGUGCAGACUGCAGUUUAGAGUGGAGGAUAAAAAAGUCUUUAUUAAUCUUUUCUUUAAAUUAAAAGAAAGUGUAUAAACUUACAAAUUCAAACUCCUCUGCCCUGCCCCAGGAAAGUCCACAGUGCUUUCUUACCGUUUUCAAAUGUGAAAUCCCUUAUCGUUGUGCAAUGUAUGAUAAUCUCUAGGCAUGCUGUAGCUGUAGGGAAUAAAAGGCUGUCUCCAAAACAUGUUGAUUUAAAGUUCAAACGUGGCUAUGAAGCUUCCUUAUAAAACAAUUAGGAAAUAAAUAAUUUAAUCAACAUCUGUGCUAUUGUAUCCACCUGUGUAAUUAGCCAUGGUCAAGCUCAUUAUUUUUGAAGGUGAGGAGGGUUAGGCUUAGGGUUAGGUUGUAGUGCAGUGGCUUGGGAGUGUCAGGAUUCCAUGAAACUGUGACUGAGCACACGGAUUAUUGGUGGAUGGUAAUAGUCCAGCUGUGUGAAGAGAGGUCAUUUAAUAUGAAAGCAAUAAUAAAUGUACCUUUUGAUUGGGCUACCAUGUUUCCCCAUGCACACACACUACUGUAGACAAUAUAAACUAAAUGGGUGAUAGAUAUGCACAGCUGGACACAAAGUAGUGGGUCACUCAGCAGUAAUACAUCGGCUGAAGGUUCAAAUCUAAUCCUCAAAGUUCCAUAUUUUUAAAUAUCAAGUCUCUUACCGCUAAAAAAUCCAUACGAGAAAGGCUGUCAAAUGUACACCACACAGUGAUGCGAAGGGUAAGGAUGUGAAACCCAACAUGUGGUGGUUGAAGGUAUACAUCGUGCAAUGUAACUUCUUUCUCAAACAUUUCUUAAAAGCCGCUUAACCCCGAAACAGGUGUAUGUGAAAUUUUGCCAAAAUCAAACACUCUUGUGCUAGAAUGUUACAGUUGGCAAAAUGCCAAGCACUUACUGUAAGCUGAAAACCACACAGCCAAAUCUAAUAACAGAAAUUCUUUCUUAAACAUUCUAUAAAAUUCAAAGUCCGUAUCCUCCCUGCAGAAAUCUACAUUUGAAAGGCUGCCAAAGCCAGCUUCUCAUGUGCAGGGUGGAUUAGGGACUAGCCUCUUAGUUUGCUCAGCUUCAGUCAUACCUGGUGACACACAAUAUACUGGAUAAAAUUCAGUCAGGCUUCCACCUGGGACACACCACUGAAACUGCAGUGACUGACUGAAGUCGUAAAUGACAUAACAAUAGCAACUGAUGCUGACAAUGUGAAUGUGCUAAAGCUUUUGGACCUUAAUGCAGCCUUUGACACAAUUGACCACUUUACUCUACUAUGAAAGCUUAAAUUUGAUGUUGGGUUGUGUGGAAUGUGUUGAAGUGGUUUAAAUCCUUUUUGACUAAUCCAAAUCAAUAUGUUCAAGUGUUGAACUGUACGUCAUCAUCUAUGUCACCAGUCAAAUAUGGAGUGCUUCAAGGAUCAUUGCUUGGUCCGUAUUGUUUUCUCUCUACAUGCUGCCAUUAGGUAAUAUAAAGAGAAAACAUAAUGUUAAUUAUCACUCCUACAGUACGCCGACGACACCCAAGACCUGGAUAACUGUAAACUUACUAUCGUUAAAUACUUAGAAAACCAAGGUUCUGUUGUUUGGAGGCAAGUCUGUGGAUUAGAAUGCUAUAAUCUCUACAGUCCACUCCAAGCAGCUGAACUUCUCCCUCAGCAGCUCAGCCCAUAACCUAAGUGUCAUCUUAGAUACAAGCCUUUCAUUCAAAUCGCAUUUGGAUGUAGUAUCAAAGGUGUGCUUCCUAUAGCUAUGCAAUAUCGCUAAACUACAACAAUUCCUUAUUAUUCAAGACACUGAGAAAUUGAUACUACUGUAAUGCUAUAUUAUCUGGAAGCACAUACUGUACUGCACAUUAAAUACCUUGCAGCAUAUUCAAAAUGCAGCGGCUGAAAUAGUCACCAAAUGCAGGAAGUUUGAACA